GGCAACCUUGUCAUUACUCACUAAUAUCUUGAACUGUUCCGAAAUUAAGCUGUGAAACUGUUGUAAUUUUUAUUAGACUAAAGGGUAUUAGAAAAAAAUGACUCCUUUGUAUUUUCUUUUCAUGGCUGAUCACGUGGCGACACAAAUCUUUAAUGAACUUUGCAAAAAAGAGAAUGCUUAUGUGUGGAUAAUAAUUGGAUGUUCAUGUGGUUUAGUAGGCCAGACACUUCUUUUCGUCAUAGUAUUAUUGCAGUGGCAAUGUAAGCAAUCUUCCAAGAUGAAGGCUGAUAAUACUAAAACAGAAAAUGUCGUUAAAAUACAAGAUGCUGAAGUAGAAUGCAGCACCUCAGAUCCUGGCGAUAAUGUUGCAACACAAUCACAAAUAGCACGUUCAAUGACAGCAGAUGUGUUCAACACUGCUUCGUUAGUUACAACAACUGAAGUAGCCACUACCGAGGAAAGAAAAACAGCAAAUAAACUAACAACCCCAAUGAAUGCAACGAAAAGAGCUACUGACGUGACUACGCAAUCAAUAGCUACAAGAACUGAGGUUACAGCUACAACAACUGAGGUUACAGAUACAACAGCGGUUGUCUCAAUACCAGCCACAACAAAUUUAAUGACAAUCGCAACUUCAGCUACGCCCCAAUUCCCCAUUCAAGCGGUCAGCCCGUCGAAAAGAACUAAAAUUACAACUACAUCCCCCUCAAAUCAAAAUAAAGUUUCGAUCUCGUCAGGUACUGCUGAGGUUUCAAUAAUUUCGGCAGCAACAACAAAUAAAACGAUAACAACAUUACCAAAGGAUGAGGAGGCCAAAUUUCUGACCAAUGAAGUAAAUAAGACAACUUUAUCAUCAACAACAAUAUCAAAAAAAGCUGCAAAUGACGUUACCAAAGAUCUGAAUGUUAUAAAUGAGAGCCUUCCGAAUUCUAUAUCAAGCGGCACAGGUGAAAAGAUCUUUACAAAAUUGGAACCUGGUCGCACUGAGCAAUUUUAGAGUCUGAUACACACAAAAAUCUCACGCCACCUUUAUUAAACAGCUGAAUUUAUGAAAUUCUGACCAAUCCUUUAAUACCUACAAAAAAAAUUAAAUUAAUAGGAGGUGUUCUUUUUAAAGUAUUUAUUGCUAUGCUAAUUUACUUCUUGGCAUCUUAAAAUAAUUAUAAACAUCUAUAUUUUAAAUGGUAGAUUCAUAAUAAAAAAUAAAAAAUUAUAAUGUUUUAGUCGAUUUUAAAAUAACUAUCACUUUUUACUUUCUCGUAUAUACGAAGUAUAGAGAAAGUCUUGUAAUCGUGCAAAAAAAAAUCGAGAUUUUUACACCUCACUGAUACGGAAAAACAUAAUUUUGCUAUCUUGUCCGUAUGUCUGUGUGUCUGUCUGUCUGUCUGUGUGUGUGUGUGUGUCCGUGUGUAAACAAGAUAACUUGAGUACCGUUACAGCUAGAUUGAUGAAAUUUCAUAUAUAAGUAUUUUAUCAAAAUCGUAGAUCCGUAUCAACUUUUGAGCGAUUUCCGAUAACCGGAAGUGGUACUUUUCCUACUUUGAAUUUUUCAAAAGCCUAUAACUUGAGUACUAUUUCAGAUAGAUAAAUGAAAUUUCACAUGUAAGUAAAAGAUCUAAUUCUCUACCUUCUAUCAAAUGUUGAGUAAUUUCUGUUGACCGGAAGUAGUAAUUUACGC